AUGGAUGAAUUGGCUUUACAGGGGCUAGGUUCACUGACAGACAGUGGAUCACAGGCCAGGGCUGUGCAGUAUUUUGAAGAAUUAAAGGCAUGUGAAGAUGGGUGGAAGUUAUGUGCUCAGGCAUUUACUAAUGGCAAUUAUCAGGGAAAUGAUCAUGUCAAGUUUUUCUGUCUACAAGUUAUUGAAGAUUAUCUAAAGAAAAGAUAUAUUAAUUCUAAUUCUGAUGAACACACUGUUGUGAAAUCUUUUGUUAUGGCAUGUCUUCAAAUAGAGGGCGAUGAAAGAACUCAGAAUAAGAAUUUUAUUCGUAAUAAAGUAGCUCAGUUGAUAUCGUUAGUCUAUGUUGUAGACUACCCCCAUCGAUGGCCAGCAUUCUUUACAGACUUACUACAAACAUUAAACCUAGGUCCUAUGGCUGUAGAUAUGUAUUUACGAAUAUUAUUAGCUAUAGAUACAGAGGUUGUUGAUAGAGAAGUCAUUCAUAAUCAAGAUGAGACAGCUCGUAAUACAAUGAUAAAAGAUGCUAUGAGAGAUCAGUAUGUUGUACAGUUAGCUGAAUCUUGGUUUCAAAUCAUGACUCGAUAUGAAGAUACUCAUCCAGAAAUAACCUGUCGUUGUUUGGACGUGGUUGGAAAAUAUGUGUCUUGGAUAGAUAUUAAUCUAGUAGCUAAUGAUCAGUUUGUGACAAUAUUAUUACGUUAUUUAAAUAAACUAUUAAUAAGAGAAUCUGUCUGUGAUUGUAUAUAUGAUAUUAUGUCUAAAGGAAUGGAUCCAGUGGCUAAAACUAAAUUAAUUGAUACCUUUGUUAAUCUUAUUGAAGCCCAGGGUGUUUUUAAUACUUCAGAGGAUGAAGAUGGAGAUUUCCUUUCUAAAUUAUCAAAACUUGUCAAUGGUAUUGGUGUUAGUUUAAUUAUAGCUUGGCAAAAGCUAGUUAAAGGCAACGACCAAGAAAAUGCUAAUCUAACUCUUCAGUCAUUAGAGAAUAAAGUACCAUUUAUGUUACGAUUUCUCGGUGACGAAGAUGAUCAUGUAUCAGGGGAAGUAACUGGAUUUGCUCAAGAUUAUAUUGCAUUAUUAAAACAAGUUGUUCCCCUUUCUCCUAGACAACGAGAAAAUGUAGAGGGGUUAUUGUAUACUAUAAUAUCAAAAAUGAAAUAUGAUGAUUCCUAUAACUUUGAAGAAGAGGGAGAAGAUGAAGCUAUGUUUUUAGAAUACAGAAAACAACUAAAAGUUAUCUUCAACAAUCUAGCACUAUUAGAUACAGAUCUACUCAUCAGUAAUGUAUUAAAUGUAGUAACUAGAACUCUACCUAACUGGGAGUCUGUUGAUUUUAGAGAUGUAGAAAUAGCUGUUUGUUUAAUGUAUAUGUUAGGAGAGGCUGUCCCUACAUCUCAUGGUCAACAUUUUAGUGGUAAUCCAUCCAAGGCGUCUGCUUUACAGGAAAUGAUGAGACUGUUAAUAAAAAGUCGAGUUAGCUAUCAUGGACAUACCAGUAUUUUGUUACAAUUUUUUGAAACUGUUGUAAGAUAUGAUAAAUUCUUUCAAUGUGAACCAGAACAUAUCCCUGAAGUUUUAAUGGCAUUUUUAGAUGAACGAGGAUUUCGUAAUCAGUCUGGUAAAGUGAGAAGCCGAGCCUCCUAUCUUUUCUCUAGAUUCGUAAAAGGUUUAAGGCAACAUAUGAAUGCGUAUCUUGAAGAUGUAUUAAAGAGAAUGAAUGAUUUAUUGGCAUUAAAUACACCAGAUAAUGGCUACCAACAUCUACUAUCUGAUGAUGAUCAACUGUUUAUAUAUGAAACAGCUGGUGUUUUGGUGGUUGCUAGUGAUUUCUCUCCUCAGAAAAAACAGGAGUUAAUGAGAAACCUAUUGGCACCCAUUGUUAGUAAAUUUGAAGGAUUAUUAACUAAGUUAAAUAGAGAAACAGAUGAAGAAAAACAACUAGCCUAUGCUCGGUGUAUUAAUAAUGCUAUGGGUCUGGCAAGUCGAACAAGUAAAGGAUUUUCUAGUCAACAGACCAUAAAACAAUCUGGUUGUGUAGAAAUAUUCACAGAACUCCUGAAAAUAUUUCUACAAGCUUUAAAUGCGUCAGUACAUCGUCCUAUAUUACAUGUUGGUGUCAGACAGUAUAUGCAUCGUAUGGUAGUAUGUCUAGGAGAGGAGAUAUUACCCUAUGUACCUAUAGCUUUAGAGAAUUUAUUAAAAAAUCCUGAAACCAAGGAACUGUAUGAUUUUAUACCACUUAUUAAUCAACUUAUUAUGAAAUUUAAGACUGAUAUUGCUCCCUUUCUAAAUAACCUAUUUAUGCCAUUAGUGAGUACAAUAUUUCGUGUAAUAUCAACACCAACAGAUGAACGUGAUCAGAUAGCAGCCAAUGAAAAGAAGAUGUUAGAACGAGGCUAUUUUCAGUUUUUAUCUACCAUUGUAUCUUAUCAAGUGUAUGAUGUUUUAAAGGCUCAAGCCGGACAGAAUUUAGAUCAAGUUCUAAUGUCACUAAUACAAGGUGCUGUUGAACUACAAGACCCCCCUAGUCAGAAGUUAUGUUUUAAUAUAUUUAGAAAACUCAUUGAAGAAUGGGGAGGAACAAAUGGUGUAAUGGGAUUUACAGAUUUUAUGUAUAAAAGUAUUAUACCUGCUUGUUUCCUGGCUCCUCUUAAACCUACUUUUGAUAUAACAGAUGGUCAAACUGCUCUGGCAUUAGGUGAAAGUGCAUUAUGUUUGAAAACUAUUGUUGAUAAAAGGGGUGAUGAAGUGAUAAACUAUUUACAAAGUGAAUAUCUACCACAAUUAAAUAUACCCCCAGAACUCAUACAGGAGUUUUGUCAAGCCUUACGCACAGACAGUAAAACAUUCAGAAAUUACCACAAAAUAUUUUUUACCAAGGCUAAGUCAUGACCAGAAGAUACUUAAAGUGUAUAUAUUGUACUAUACUGCAUUUUAUUAGUGGUUAUCUUUCCCUUUGUCC